AUGGCCGGCCGCCGCUUGUUCCGGGCGCUGAUCAUGGGCGCACCCGGCUCUGGCAAGGGCACCAUCUCGGAGCGGAUCGUGGCCGAGUUCGGGCUGAAGCACCUCUCCAGCGGCGACCUGUUGCGCUCGCAGGUCCUCCACAAGACCGAAGUGGGCCUGCAGGCGCAGAAGUUCAUUGACGAGGGCUCCCUGGUGCCGGACGAGACCAUGGUCUCGCUCAUCUCCGACGAGCUGAAGAAAAUGUCCGACAGCAGCUGGCUGCUUGAUGGGUUCCCGCGCACACGCUCACAGGCGGAGUCGCUGAACCGUGUCCAGCCGCUGGACACGGUCAUCAGCCUCAAGGUGCCGUUCCAGGUCAUCAUUGACCGCAUCAAGGACCGCUGGGUGCACCUGCCCAGCGGCAUCUACAACACGCUGUUCGAGCCGCCGAAGCAGCCGGGCACCGAUGACGUCACUGGGGAGCGGCUCGUGCAGCGGCCGGACGACGCGCCGGACGCGGUGCGCAAGCGGCUGGAGGUGUACCAGGCGUCGGCCGGGCCCGUCAUCGAGUUCUACCGCGAGCUCGGGCUGCUGCGGGAGUUCUCCGGCACGGAGACCAACAAGAUCUGGCCGCACGUGCGCAAGGCGCUGGCCGUGGCGCUGCAGUAGGCGGCCCUGGAGCUGAGGCUGGCCCGGGCGGAGACGGAGCCGGGCGCGCGGAGAGGCGAGACGAUGCAAUCGCUGGGAUCAACAGCUCACGCAGGGAUGUAGUGGUGGGAUCGUCGCGUAGCGGUAGGUGGCGCUAGUGGGCGGUUAUAGGUGGCGUUGGUGAGCGGUAGUAGCUGGUGUUGGCGUUCGUGGAUCGGCGGCAGGCUGGCUCGUAGAGCGCUGUAGCGCUGCCACGGGAUCACAUAGUGGACCGAUCGUUGUAGCAGCGACGGUUUGCUUCAGUAUGCCGUGCGUCUAGUAUUGUCCCUGGCUGCCGCACGACCGGAUACGCGUAGGAGCGGUGAAUCAGGUCCCGCAAGAUGUGUUCCUCAAUUGGUAGUUGCAUGGAAGAGGUAAGAACACGCCAAAAUGGGGCUAUCGUGCGCGGGUUUGUGCCAUAGCCGUUGCGGCGGCAUGGUGAUCAAUCGCAUGUAUGUGGUGCAAUUGCCGUAUAUCAAUUCGAAUCUUCUUGGCAGUGAAAAGGCCGUGAAUGUUUUCUAGGAGCUGGGUGCGACGCAUCGGCAGAUAACACGCCAGUAUGUAUAAGGUAAUAGGGGUUGAUAAAGGUGAAAGCUGUGAUUUUCUAUGUGGUCUUCCAAGAUAACCGUUCUAGUGUGGAUGUUUAGAUGCGCGUAAUAUGCGUGAGGGCGUCUGGUUCGUGUCGCUCAUCUGCUUAUCGUGCGGCUGCUCCAGGUAUUGCUUACGUCAUAGGAGACUACGGAUUCCAGGUUCCUGCCGCGUCAGUUUGGGUUUGUUUGCGUUAAGUUAAGAGUGUACUAGCACCCGGUCGAUGUGUAACGGACGAGUGAGCCGAACGCGAGUCGUGCCGGCCCGGCUCGCGGGACCGGCCGCCGCUCCAGACGUGGCCGCUCGCGGCGCGCGCGCGCUUAGCACCCACACCCAGUAAACGGCGGCAGCGCACCACAUUCCACACGGGCUGGAGACUGUGUGAUAUUACUUACCCCGUCGAUGUGUCGGUGACUUCUUCCUUGUUGUAGUGCUGCAUCUGCUCGGCAGGCGCGGCUAGAAUAGCAAUAGCAGCCACACCAAGUAGCGUGGGCUCUGGGUCGUAUUUUAUAAACCUGUAUUAUUUAAAUACGACUCAGGAAACAACAGAUAACCGAAAUAAACACUCGAAGAGCAAUGACUCCCUCGGCAUGACUGAACCGGCUUCAUCCUCAAAGAAAUCCACCGGCCGACAUAGAGUACGUGCCCAGCACGACGUCGGCGGCGCGCGCGCGUUCAGCGGUAGCGCUCGCUCUGGUUACACAGGAGGUACGUCUGCGGAUCGUGUGUCGUCGCCAAACCCGGAUCACGAGACACCGACUGAACACUGGUCGGGACAUCGACGCCCUCCGACCGCCGCCGCGGCCACCCACAGUCCGCGCCCAGCGCGCACGCGCCGGCUCAGCUGUUGCGCACCAGCUGA